AUAUAUUGAAUCAACCAGUAGACAUUUGCAGACUAUACAAAUUAAAAAGUUAUCAUGCCGCAAAAGAUCAAAAAUUCAACGGCAGAAGUCGCUCACGAUAUACUUGUCAGCGCAGACGAUAAUGGCCACUUCGAACGGAUCGAAAGCUUCAAAAGACGUGCACGUAAGACGUAUUCGGAAGCUGAACGUCCGUAUAAGUGUGAGUUCUGUACUCGAAGUUACGCCUUCGAACACUCAAGAAAUCAGCAUAUACGCCUAAAACACAUCCCCUCAUCGUUGAAAUCCCGUACGAACGGCGCGCAGAAAGAGGCCACCCCAAAGGCUUCAAAAUCGGAAACGGCAGAUGCGACUCGAAGCUCCAUUAGAGUGAGGAGUUUGACCGAUGUAUUGAAUACCAGCACAAAUUCAGCAUUGUCGAAAAACCAUACGACCACUUUCGCACAGGCCGGAAUCAGAAAACAGAUGCGGCCACAGGAAAGCAAUACAAACAACCAAUUGCAUAGGGUUGAUGUUGAGAACGAUGUGACCACUGACCAGUUUGUUGGUGUCAGUGGUGUUCCCUUUCGACCGGUCUCGUACCAUAGUUUGUCACCUUCCGCUACUGUUUCUAUGUCAACCGGAGAAAAUCGCUUGCCGUGGCGUGGCGCUGAUAGUUCGAAGCAAUUCGGGCCGACUGGGGCAUCCAAUAGAAAUAGCAAUCCGAGGCCCGUUUGUAACCGACGAGCUUCGGACAUCACGGGCAUUAAGACACCGAUGGCACACCCGUAUAGGUGCUCAUUUGAUGGUUCAAACAACAAUCGUCUGGAUGAUUUGCUCGACUUGCAUGGGCACCAGCAACGAGUGAGACAGAGGAGCGUAUACUCUCAUGUUCAUUCUAGUAACAAUAUCAGACCCGCCUUGAGAGCAUCGCAAUCAUGUGAGGUUCUGAGAAGCAAAGUAGUUCCUGCUUGUAAUAAUCAAGUCUUCUCAUUCUCAUCGUUCGACAUUCCACAAUCGUACUAUAACAUGAAAACGCUAUAUAGAAACGCCAGUACCAACUUACCGACACAUUCGGAGCCCAUGCAAAGUCAAGCUCUUGCACAGCUCAGCAAUAGUCAAAGAUCUCAAGAACAGGCUGGGUGUAUGGCAAGGUCGCGUGAGAAUCGAAAUACAGCUGAUAGUCCGGCAGCAGUUCAGGAUCCGUCAUCUAAGCCUUGGAUGUCAAUCUACAACACAUUUUUGGUGGACAAAGACGAGGCACAUGCCAAUGCUUCUAUGGUUCAGACACAGGCUGACUCUCACAUGGUGACCCUGAAAUCUGAUCGAUACAUACCACAUUCAAGGACUACUCGCGAAGCGCAAUCGGCUGAGCUGUCAGUGCGCGAACGAAGUAUGGGCGACACUUCAGCCGAAGAUGAUAUAAAUACAGAGGAAGACGGAAAUGGAUCCAGCGGUUGUGAGGGGCGAUCAAGUGAAAGCCGAUCGACAUUAGGCAAUGACAGCGCAUCAUCUGCAUGUCCACCACGUUCUCCAAACUAUAAUCAGUUUACCUCUCCAUCUCACUAUGACAGUCGUAAUCUGCGAGCAGCGGCCAACAGGCCAGCGCAUGAUAUGACUGACAUCGAAAGUAUUAUUGAGUUGAGUACGGACAACGUACGGAAUAACAGACUGUUGGAUGCUAAAGUGAAAACUACAUGGUCCAGUGUGUCCAGUAUACAAGAAGACAAUGCAGCUGCUGUCGGACGAAGACUACCGUCGGAUAUGAAUGUUGAUUUCGUCUGCAGUAUUCUCAAAAGCCUGGAAUCUGCAUAG